UGUCAUGGCAGGCACAUUCGACAUAUCACUGAUUCCCAAUGUGCUGGAGUUGCAACCCAAGGCGCAUCUCAUGACUGGAUUUGGUGUCACCUUCCUAUUACUGGUCUGGUUAUCAAUUUGUUUCCGAGUCUAUGUUCGACUAUUUAUGAUUCGAGCGUUCGGAUGGGACGACGCCAUACUUCUUAUGUCGUCGGCUAGGUACUGUCGCACACCAGAAGUAGAAGAAGCCUACCAAACGGCGAAUCUGGAAGCAAUCUGGAUAGUGUUGACAAAGGCACUGGAGCUCGUCGUCGUUUACAACGCCCUCUACAUUCUCACCACGAUUCUCUUCAAAAUCAGUCUGGCCAUCUUCUUCCUCCGGAUCGUUGUAGUAAAAUGGCAGCGUCGUCUGAUCUACACAUCGACUGGAAUUUACACUCUUUACAGCGUCGUUUUCAUCUUUAUAGUCACCUUUCGUUGUGGAAACCCACCGGAUUUACUCAUCAAUGCUUCCAAGGGGAAGUGCAUCUCAAAUGGCGCGAUCAUGCCCCUGGUCUACAUUUCCGGUACUCUCAACGCCGCAUCUGACGUUGUCUUUGCAACGUUACCAAUCAUCGUCCUCUGGAACACCCAUAUGCCGCGUCGAGCAAAAGUCUCAGCUGGUGUUCUCCUGAGCAUGGGCUGUCUCGGAAGCAUUGCAUCAAUCAUCCGCAUCGCCUACCUCGGUGGCCUUUCGGUCGACGCCAGAUUCUUCAAGCAUGCGAUAGACGCUGGUCUGCUUUCCGUCGCCGAGCCCGGUCUAGCCAUCACAGCAGCAUCGCUCUCGGCUCUGCGGCCAUUGUUCAAGAGCAUGGUUGAGAAAACACUACCGUCUUNNUUUUUUCACACAGGCUACGGCAGGACGAAGCACAGUAUAGCGAGCAACAGCAACAGACACACCAACCGCUCUCACCGUGCCACGCGAUCGCACGCAACGUACGCCGACCAAAAAGGCUUUCAGGUAUUCGACAAUACGGCGUCGAGGACACACACAAUCAUCGCCAGCCCAAGAAUUGAGAUGGACGAGUUCAGCAAUGACGACAAUACGUUGAACAGAGCUAGCAGUCAGGGUUCGCUGGUCGAGCAGCAUAUGUAUGAGACUGCGAGGACUUGGGUGCCGCCGUAUUCAGGCAAGGGCGUGAUGAUGACGAGGGCGGUAGACGUGACCGGG